CAGUUUUGGGAUUGUUGGGUCUGGAACAGAUCAAUUUUAAGAUUGAACACAAAAAAAACUCAUCAUCAAAAGAAAAGUAUACCCAGAGUUAGAAAAUUUUUAUAUUCAUAUUCCAUGAUAUUCCUUAAUGUUACAAGACAAUAGUAUACAAAGAGACAACAAAACGCUGGGAGCUCGAAAAUAAGUACACACCAGAAAAUCGCAUUGAAUCUAAUGGCAAGAAACGCAGUACUAGUUUAAUCGUGACAGACUGAUCCAGAUAAAGGAAGACUUGCAAUGCUGAACCACAGCAAGGAUAGUCCACUUCGCAAAGUAAAUCUUCUUCCAUAGAGAUGGAGAAUUCAUUGUGGGCUAUUUCGAUGUUGUGUCUCUUUUUUGCUUCGAGUGGAGCUUCAAGAAGACCGCAAACCUCUCGCCAACAUGUAUUCAUUAAAAACGAGUUCCAUUUCCUCGAUGUUCCUGGAGUAGGAAGAUCCUCAGUUCUCGAUGUCUGUGAUUGUACAUUCAAAUGCCUCUCGAAUCCUCGGUGCAAUUCUGUUAACGUGGCCGCUAACACGGAUACUGCGGGAAAACUUUGGUGCGAGCUUCUAUCCUCCGAUAUCUACAAGAAUUCAAAUGAGUACAGUGCAAACAUGAGUUCACAUCAUUUUUCUAAGAGUACACCUUGCUCUUCCUCUCCAUGCCAAAACGGAGGAACAUGCUCAGCAAAUUACGAAGAGAACACCUUUAAUUGCCUCUGCGUAGAAGGCUUCAUCGGAGCAUAUUGUGAAAAAGAUGCUGUUUCUUGUAAAGAAUUGCAUGAAGCCAACAAGUUAAAUGGCAGUCUGGUGGUUACUCUUCGCUUUAACACAGAACCCGUUUCCAUUUUAUGUCAAAUGGGAGACUUUGGGUGGGGAGCAGGGCCGUGGACACCGAUCAUGAAAACUAAUGGCAACCAGAAUACCUUCCAUUUUGACUCCGUUUACUGGACUGAUUUAAACAGUUACAACCUUCCAGGAGGCCUGACAGGCUUUGAUGACAGUGAGACCAAGUUACCAACCUAUUGGAGUACACCCUUCUCCAAGAUCUGUCUGGGUAUGAAGGUUGACCAACAGCUCAGAUUUAUAGUAAUUAACCAGCCAGCUGCCUCUUUGCACUCACUGAUCGCUGAUGGGCAAUACCGUGCUACUUCACAGGGCCGAGACACAUGGAAGACCCUCCUUGGGUCACAGGGCUCAUUGCAGCUAAACUGUAAUAAGGAAGGCUUCAAUUCUGCGAGCACUAAUUCUGGUAGCGCUAAGACGAGAAUUGGAAUCGUUUCUAACGAGGGAUCGGAUGGCUGUUACAGUUGUGAUUCAAGAAUAGGGUAUGGUGGAGCGAAUGGGGCUGAUAACUCAAACACGUGUGGAAACGUAGCUAACUGGUCCCCAGAUAAUGGUGACAAAAACAUUAAAGCCAUGGGAUACAUUCUCGCUCAGUGAUAAAAAACGCAGCAGUAGUUGCACGUAGAUGAAGGCAAACUCGACCGAAUAUGAUCCAUUUUAAUGGACGCUCAACCAUACGCAUAUACCAAACGCUCCUAUAUUCUAAUGUGAAAGUAUAAUGAGUAGAGGCAAGGACCUUUGAAGGGUGUCAUCCCUCUCAAACUUUGUAUUUCUUAAUUAUUAUAUAAGUGCUGAGAUUUACUCGGGGCAAACUCACUGAAUAAAAAUCGGCUCCCUUUGAUGAGAAGCAAACCCACUGGUCAUGUGA